UCCGUCGCGUCCCGGCGGCGCACAUCCGCUGAGGGAGAGCCUUGCCGGCUGCGGCGGCAACUUUGGCGUCCGUGAGAGGGCGCCCCGGGGUCAGGAUGCGGCGGAGCCCUCGCCCGGGCUCGGCCACUUCCCCUCACAAGCACACGCCCAACUUCUACAGCGACAACAGCAACAGCUCAGUGAGCGUCACCUCGGGGGACAGCAGCGGGCACCGGUCAGCUGGGCCGGGGCCCGGGGAGCCCGAGGGCAGAAGAGCCCGGGGCUCGAGCUGCGGUGAGCCCGCCUUGAGCGCAGGAGUGCCCGGAGGAACCACAUGGGCUGGAAGCUCUCGGCAGAAGCCGGCGCCUCGGAGCCACAAUGGGCCGACCGCCUGUGGCGCGGCAACCGUGAGGGGCGGGGCCUCGGAACUGGCUGGCUCUCCCGUAGUCUCUGAAGAUCAGCUCGACCUUCUCUCAACCCUGGAUCUGAGGCAGGAGAUGCCUCCACCGCGCGUGUCCAAGAACUUCUUGAACCUGCUGUUGCAGGUGCUGAGCGUGUUGCUGUCCCUGGUAGGAGACGUGCUGGUCAUUGUGUACAGGGAGGUCUGUUCCAUCCGCUUCCUGCUCACGGCUGUGUCACUGCUGAGCCUCUUUCUGGCAGCACUCUGGUGGGGGCUGCUGUACCUGGUCCCUCCUUUGGAGAAUGAACCUCAGGAGAUGCUGACUCUAAGCGAGUACCACGAGCGCGUGCGCUCCCAGGGGCAGCAACUGCAGCAGCUCCAGGCCGAGCUGGAUAAACUACACAAGGAGGUGUCCAGCGUUCGCGCAGCCAACAGCGAGAGAGUGGCCAAGAUUGUAUUCCAGAGGUUGAAUGAAGACUUUGUGAGGAAACCCGACUAUGCGCUGAGCUCUGUGGGGGCCUCCAUCGACCUAGAAAAGACAUCACACGACUAUGAGGAUGCGAACACUGCCUACUUCUGGAAUCGCUUCAGCUUCUGGAAUUACGCGCGGCCGCCAACGGUUAUCCUGGAGCCAGAUGUGUUCCCUGGGAAUUGCUGGGCUUUUGAGGGCGACCAGGGCCAGGUGGUGAUCCGGCUACCGGGUCGUGUGCAACUGAGCGACAUCACCCUGCAGCACCCACCACCCAGUGUGGCACACACCGGGGGAGCCAACAGCGCCCCCCGCGACUUCGCAGUCUACGGCCUCCAGAUUGAUGAUAAGACUGAAGUUUUCUUGGGGAAAUUCACCUUCGAUGUGGAGAAAUCAGAGAUUCAGACUUUCCACCUACAGCGGUCAAAGUAGAAUUGGAAGAAUAAAAGAUGGAGGAGACAGGCAUCAAAAGAUUAAGGAGUUCUACCUGGACAGAGAAUAGAAAACGGGGACCAGCCUGAGCAAAGGAACAUGCACCAUCUUGCCUCUUAGGAUCCUUCCCAGUGUGUUCAUGCAUUGAAAGUAUAUACAUAUAGAUUAUGAACAGCUGUUACAUCUCUAGGAAGUGGAAUGCAUAAGUAUGUGCAUAUCCAUUCCUUUAAAUUUUCAGGAUAUUACUUUUGUAAUUUAAAUUACUCCACUGA